AACAAUAAUAAUCUCUCAAUCAAAUCACAUCACAGUUCUUCCUCACACACCAAGGUUUUGGAACAGUUUCCUUUGUUCAGCUAUCAUGGAUCCCUUUAAAGGACAAGGAGGCAUUCAGAUGCUGCUAUCUGCUGAACAAGAAGCACAACACAUUGUUUCCAAUGCAAGAAAUUUGAGGACCCAAAGGUUGAAGCAGGCAAAGGAUGAGGCUGAGAAAGAGGCUGCACAAUACAGAUCUCACAUGGAAGAUGAGUAUCAAAAUUCAAUUUCAGAGACCACAGGGACUUCUGGAUCUAAUGUAAAAAGGCUUGAGGAGGAGACAGAGGACAAGAUUAAACAUUUAAAGAAAACAAGUUCAGAGGUCUCAUCAGAAGUGGUUGAAAUGCUGCUCAAGUGUGUUACAAAUAUCAAAAUAUAAUGACCAAAGUAAUUGCUGAAGAUGCAAACACAAAGGGUUAUCAUCAAUAAAAUGAAAAGACAAAGCUAUGAAGAUUCAUGUUAAGGUUGUUUUUUUUUUGUCUAGGCUACAAAACUUCUGCUACAAAAGUGAUCAGAAGCAAUUUUUUCUCUCUCAUUUGAUAUAAUUAAAUGCUUUAGUGAUAUCAUUAUAUUGUUAAGAAUGUAUAUGGGAAUAUGAAACUCUUUUAUCAUUUCUGUGAAAUAACUG